AUGAUCCUCGUCACGAUAAACGAUCGUCUAGGUACAAAGACACAAGUCCCUUGCCUACCCAGCGAUCCCAUCAAGCUGCUCAAAGCCAUGGUCGCGGCAAAAAUCGGACGACCGGUCCACGAGAUUAUGCUCAAGAGGCAGGGAGAGAGACCGUUCCAUGAUAAUCUUACGUGUGCGGAUUAUGCUAUUAGUAAUGGUGUGCAGAUUGAUUUGGAGCUCAACACUGGUGAUUAG